UAAAAUUAUCAGGUUUUAGCUUUUGUUACACUUCUACUAUGAGUUUGUUGGUCAUUCUUUAUUUUUGUUCACUCUCUGUAAAGUAGGGAUAAUGGUAAUUUCUUCUCUUGGCUUUUUAUUUUUUUGUCAGUUUAGGUAGUGAGAGUUCUUAAGAGAAUUUCAGGCUCAGUUCUGUAAAAUCAAUAGGAAUUAAGAGCAUAAAUACUAUGAUGGAGAUGUAAGGGUCUAAACUGUUUUCAAGAAUCUGGGGGUUUGUGAUUUUUCUUUUUCAAAAUUGACUCAAGUCUUUAGACUGGGGAACAUAUCUCCAUGGGUGAGGAAAUUUGUUCCAUUCAUCAUCACAUCUUGACUGCUAAUCAAAGGAAGGACUCCAAGGGUUGUUAGGAGGUGAUUCGUGGAAGAGAGAAAUUUAGGAAAAAUAUAUUAUAAGCCCAUAUAUAGGCUUUUCAGAUGAAAUCUAAAAGGCUUUGCCACUGCUCCCAUUUUAUGCAACACAGAAAUAUGAAGCCCUUAGUCACAAUAAAUUAACGGGAUAUGUAGGUUCAUAGCCAGCAGCAGGUACUAAGCUUCCUCACAAAGUACGCCACAAAACCUAUGUGCUUAAAGUAGCCAGCUGGAAUCAGUCACAAGAAAUUCAGAUCAGAGACAUGCCUGAGCUCCUUAUCUACUCUGGAGCCUGUACAUCACCAUGAAGGCAGUACUGGGUGCCUGGGGGAUUCAGAGACAUCCAAUUAGGGCUCUUUCAGAGAGGGAAAGCAGAGCUCUGGUCACACUGCACAUCUACGUCUUUUAAUUUGCAGUAUAAUCCCAACCAUCACCGUCAGUCAGAAACACAUCUGGCCAUGAUGCUCAGGCCAUGGCUAGGAACAUGUAUCCAGGUUGGCAUCUGUGAUCUCUGUGUGGGAGGGCAGACCUCUGCCAUGUCCACAGUACACAGUGAAUGUUCUAGAUGAUCUAACAGACUGUCACAUUCUUGCUUUACUGAGUUCUUUAUUUGUAUUUGGUUUCAUAUAUCUGUAGUUCAACCUUUCAAAUGGUAAUGAACUAGGGUGCUUUGAGAACUCCUUAAACUGCCUUCCCCCAGGCCUGAAAGAUGAACAUUGUUUAUCAUCAUGACUAAUGGAAAUGUCAAACUUUUUCAGUAGAGAUUGGUAAAGUACUUUUGGCUUUUUAUUUCUUUAGCCACAGAAGCAGAACAUGUGUUGGACAUAAUGUCACUGCCAGUGGGUGAUACACAGCUGUUCCUGUUCCUGCAAGCCUGAAAACACUGCAGAUAGAAAAUUUUUCCAUCUGUGCAGAGCUGAGUAAAGACUUCUCUGUCAGUCUCAAGAAAUUUAUCCAUCUGCAUAGCCAAGAAAGAAAGAAAGAAAAGAAUGCAAGAACUAAAAGUCAAUUAGGACAAGGACAUGUUUCUCUCAACUCUGCUUCACAACACCUCAUUUCAGUAUUGGUGUUUAGCUUUCAUCUUCAUCUAGUAGCAUUGUCAGCACAGUUUUCAAACCUACAAUUUCAUCAUACUGUUAAUUCUAGAGCAGCAUUAUUUUAGAGGAAUAUCUAACUCUUCUAUGCAUUCUAAAACAACAGUCAUAAGUUCCAUUUCCAUCAAGGAGCACUGUAGUCUGGCAUGUGAUGUGCAGCUGUUGAAUACUAUCUAACAGCUGUGUUAAAAGGGAGAAAUUCAGCUCGAAUGUCAGAAUGCAAUAACUCGGUUGGAAUUAAAUCAAAACUUUCAAAAGGAGGCGUAUGAUCUUUUAAUUAACAGUUACUCAAUCCUUGGUUUUGGAUGACAUUCUGGCAAAUCAACGUCCACUGUAUCCCUUAUAAAAAAGUGCAUUCAGCCCUAAAAGUGAGACAUUACCUCACAGCAUCUUCAAUAACGCUAAUCACCCUUUUAUGAAAACAUUUUCAUGUCAUAGAUAGGGCAGAUGCACUUUAGAUACAGUUAUGACAAAAUGGGCAUUACCUUUUUAUUAAGCAAGUAUUUUCAAAAGAACACGACAUCUCUCCAGAAGCCUUUUAAGUUCUAUUUGAGUAGCAAAUACCUAAUAGCAAGCAACCAUGGAAACUUUUUACACAUUCUUAUUUUCCCUCUUUUGGUGCUUAUCUCCUGCUAUGGUUACAGGUGACAACCACGCUUGCAUGGAGUACAAAGCCAAUUCUUGAAAUCACCAUCAUGAGACAGUCUGUGUGUCAUGUUCGUAGUCGUGCUCUAAAAUCUGUUUGGUUCUUUUUUCCAAUAUAAGUUACCAGAAUUGUACACAGAGCUUAGUCUGUGUCACUGAUAGGUCCAUAUUCUUUCCCUAUGUCCCUCUUGUUCUUUUUCACGCAGACACAUUACAGAAGUGGUUCACAAUCAUCUCAUUUUCAAAUGCUCCAGAAGAAAAAUACUUGGGUUUAAAUUCAUUAAUUUCUUCCUCUUGCUAUUGAUUUAGUUCUUUAGGUCUUCAGUUUCCAAAAUCAUCCCAUUUUCCUUGAAGUGUGCUCUAAUAAAGAUCUUUCUUGAUGAUGCUUCUCAUCUGUUGUAUUAAAAAAUUUCAUUCUUUCAGCCACUGUAAUCAGUUUCUCUUUCUGUCAAUUUUUCACAUAGAAAGGUACAUACAUAAAAGUAAAACCAAAAAAUCAUGGUAUUAGUUCCUUAUCUGUAUGAGUCUUAGCUUGAAAAUAACAUGUUUUGCAAAUGUUCCAACUAUUUUUACAAGUAAUAAAAUAUUGUAAAUAUUAUCAUAUGUACAAGAAAUAGUUACUGUUUGUAGUUUCAUUAUUUCACCUUCACCUGAGAAAAAGGUGCCUUUUUAUGACCACAAUCAUCUGUGUUCCUCAUUAUAUAACCCCAAGUUUUUGGCUAAUUUCUGAAGUCAAACACUAAUGUUUGUGCCUGUUGUUUGUUUACAGUAAUAAAGAUUGUGUGUGUUUACACCAAACUGGAGUUUAUAUUUAAGUGGUUCUCUCUUCACUGUCUGUAUAUGCACAAAAUGCUCUGAGUGAGUUUAAAACUAACCCAGAUGCAAUUUUCCAGCCUGUAGCUCAGUCACAGGCCUGAAACGUGCCUGGAUAUUCAGAAGUGGCGUAUGGGAAUGUAGCCAGCUGUUGUUCUCUUCCACACUGUCCCCAGUAAACAUGUUUUAGACUUAGCUGCAUUAACUGACACUUGGCUUUGUGCUUGACAAACAUUUGUAUGAUAAUGGAUUAUAGUUUCUUGAUAAAGAAAAUGACUUGCAUACUGAAAAUUCAGUCAUCUGAUAAACCACAAAGGACUUUUCCUUACCAAGAACACAUUUUGUUCCCAUGCUGUGCUACAUGGAAUGGGUUGCAAGCAUACAAGUACCUGUAAAUGUGCUAGGGGUAGGAAUGGAAAGCUGAGAUAAGGAGCUCCCUAUUUAGAUAGUAAAUUGUUCUUCUUUAGUGUCGAAGAGUGAGGUUGGCUACUGAGACUGCAGUUGUCAUCUCCAAGCAGGGAGCAUACUGGUGGGAGAAGCAGGAGGUUUGCUUUAAGUCAUUAUGUUGUUUCUUCAGGCUAAGCGAACAAGAUUUAGCAGCAACAGGGACUCCAGAGCACCCCGAGUUGUAACCUGAAUUCUGAGGACAUCUAGUGGUGUCAGCCCACUUCAGGGACUGGGUCUUGGUCACAACUGUGAGCCCUUGAUCUGAUACUUCUUCCUGAAGAGAGACGGGCAUCAUGAAACAGAGAUUCAUUUCAUCAGUUCAAAUUAUUUUGCAGCUUGCUCUGACUACAGUAGGUCUGACAGGACAAACGUAUCCUGGAAAACCUCAGAUAAUAAGAUGUCGUUCUCUAGAAAAGGAAACCUUUUCUUGUUGGUGGAAGCCUGGCUCAGAUGGAGGACGUCCUAACAAUUACACCCUGUUCUACAGCAAGGACAGUGAAGAAAAAGUCUAUGAAUGUCCAGACUACCUAACAUCAGGUCCAAAUUCCUGCUACUUCGAUAAAAACCACACUAAUCCCUGGACAACAUAUAUUAUCACUGUAAUGGCAACAAAUGAGAUUGGAAGUAACAGCUCAGAUCCUCAGCAUGUGGAUGUAACUUCCAUAGUUCAGCCAGAUGCUCCUGUGAACCUCUCUCUAGAAACAAACACAUCUGCUAACAUGUCAUACCUUUGGGCAAAAUGGUCUCCACCCCCAUUAGCUGAUGCCAGCUCUAAUUCACAUGAAUAUCACUAUGAGCUACGACUAAAGCCUGAGGAAAAGGAAGAGUGGGAGACAGUAUCUGUAGGAAUGCAGACACACUAUGAGGUGACCAGCCUGCAGGCUGGGGAAAAGUAUGUUGUUCAGGUGCGUUGCAUGUUAGACCUUGGAAAAUGGAGCGAAUGGAGCUUGGAAAGAAGCAUUCAGAUCCCCAAAGAACGGUUACCUCCUGAAAAGCCUACGAUAAUAAAGUGCCGUUCUCCUGAAAAAGAAACAUUUACUUGCUGGUGGAAACCUGCUUCGGAUGGAGGGCUCUCUACUAACCACACUUUGCUUUACAGCAAAGAGGGAGAAGAAAAAGUUUAUGAAUGUCCAGAUUACAAAACUGCAGGCCCCAAUUCAUGCUACUUCGAUAAAAAGCACACCUCUUUCUGGACCAUAUACAAUAUUACUGUGAGGGCAACUAAUGAAAUGGGAAGUAAUGUCUCUGAUCCUCAUUAUGUGGAUGUGACUUACAUAGUACAGCCAGAUCCUCCUGUGAAUAUAACCCUGGAAUUAAAAAAGUCAAUAAAGAGAAAACCAUAUCUGGUCCUGACAUGGUCUCCACCCCCGCUAGCUGAUGUCAGGUCUGGGUGGCUUACCCUUGAAUAUGAAUUGCGACUGAAGCCUGAAGAAGGAGAGGAAUGGGAGACUAUUUUUGUUGGACAGCAAACACAAUGUAAAAUGUUUAGUUUAAAUCCUGGAAAGAGGUACAUUGUACAGAUUCACUGCAAACCAGACCACCAUGGAUUGUGGAGUGAGUGGAGCCCAGAAAUGUAUAUUGAGAUCCCUACUGAUUUUAGAGUAAAAGAUAUGGUUGUGUGGAUCAUCGUUGGUGUCCUGUCAUCCCUUAUAUGUUUAAUCAUGAGCUGGAUAAUGAUUUUGAAAGGGUACAGAAUGAUGGCCUUUAUCCUGCCACCAGUACCAGGACCAAAGAUAAAAGGCAUAGAUACACAUCUGCUGGAGACAGGAAAAUCUGAAGAAUUGCUGAGUGCUCUUGGUUGCCAUGGUUUCCCUCCAACAUCAGACUGCGAGGAACUGCUGAUAGAAUAUCUGGAGGUAGAGGACAGUGAGGAUCAGCAACUCAUGCCAAAUCAUGACACUCCCAGUAAAAAUACAAAAAUUAUACUCAAGGAAACAGACAGUGACUCAGGCCGAGGGAGCUGUGAUAGCCCUUCUCUCCCCCCUGUGAAGUGCAGGGAAUCCCGCGGCCUUCCAUCUACUCUUCAAACACAGGUUGUAAGAGCCAAACAAAGGAAAGGAGGAAAGGGGAGCUGGGAAGCUCAGUCUACGGCCUCAGAACAGGAAACACUCCCUUGUAACAGUGAGAGUACCAAGUCAUGCACGUGGCUGGCAGCUCAGUUACCCAGUACUCAGCCUGUUAUGUUUGCCUACCACAGCACUGUGGAGGCAUUCAAGAUAACACUGAAUAGCACAAAUGUGAACACUGCACCAGUUUUGGUGGAAAAUGAAGAAAAUCAUCAGUCACUAUAUCCAAUUGCUGAAACUGUCUAUGAUGAUGUAGAAAAGAUAAGCGAUAUGGAGAAUUCCAAAACUGACCAAACCACAGUGCAGGUCAGACAAAACCAACAUAAUGACAGGUCACCUUUCCUGAAUCCUAAACUAAUGGACUAUGUAGAAGUUCAUAAAGUCAGAAAAGAUAAGGAACCAACACUAUUACUGAAACAUAAAGAAAAUAGCGGAAAGACCAAAAAAUGCACUGUUCCAGGAACCAACAAAGAAUAUACAAAGGUCUCAACUGUUGUGGACCAUCACAUUUUGGUAUUAUUGCCAGAUCAGCGCACCCAGAACACACCUGUAUCUCAAGAACCUGUAGAAGAAACAUCUCAGAACCCUCAGCAAAGUCAAGCUGAGAAAAAUACGAGCUACAGCACAACUCCAAGUGACUCCAGAAGAGACACCAGUGGAUCAGACUACAUGGACCCAUCUUCCUUUAUGCCCUCCUUUAAAUAACAUUUUAGUGCAGCACAUACUUAGUAGUUACACACAGUAAAACAAAAUCACAUAACAAACAGUUCUUUAAAAAAGCCUGGUCUGCAAAAACCUAGCCUCCUGUGUGCAUUGUACAGGUAAUAAAAUAAUCUGUGGGAUGAGGGAAUAGUCAUGGGAGUAAGCCCUGGAUCAUUAGCACACAUUUGUGACACAGUGAAAUGAGGAAAUGGAUCUUGUCCAUCAUGAAAAAUACAUUGUAAAAUAAUUAUUCAGCUCUGCAAAACUUCUGUUGGUUGAUUAAGCCUGAGGAAAUACUGCAGAUUCAACAAAGAUGAAAAUUGUUAUGGGUCAGUCAGCAAACCAUAGUGAUUUGAGCAGUUCCUACAUUAGAUAAAUCACUGCACAACAGUAUUCUUGCCUACAAUGCAUUUUCUUCUGAAUGCAUUCUGACAUCCAAUUAAGUUUUCUUUAUCUUUUUUCUCAAUCCUUGAGAAAAAAGGAGCUCUUGUAUAUGACAAAUCAUGUAUAAAAGAGAAUAUAUUCUACAAAAAAAGUAAAGUUUGUUACAGUAAAAUAACAAAAGAAAUAUAUUUAUGCUUUGUUUCAAUGUGACAGAAAAAUGCAUCCCAUUCAUAUCCUAGUCCAGACAAACCAAAAUGAAAAAAAAGGAUGAUAUUUGAUAUACUGCCUUACUGUAUAUAAUAUACAAUUCUACUUUAAUAUAAGCCCAUAUAUUUAACAAUCUAUUUUUUAAGGCUAUUUUUCUAUUACCAAAAAAAGAGCAAAGUAAAAUAUUUUUUAAUUUCCCAAUGCUAUUUAGCUAUCUAGGAACUUUUCUCUUUCCUUCUGCUGAGACAGUAACAAGUAAAGCUAUAAUUUCUAUACAAAGCAUAAAAUUAAACUUUAUAUUAAUUAAGAAUAUGAAGAUAUUUUAAAACUAUAUUUCAAAUAUAUUAUAGAUAUAUUACUAUUUGAAUUGUAAAUUAUUUGUUUCACAGGUUUUUUAUUACCUGUAAUUAUAUAAUUAAAAUAGAAUUUAGGUUUUGAGAGCCAAGCAUCUUCCCCUUUGAAUUUAUACUCUGAUGCCAAUUGCAAAUGAAAUGGGGUUCUCCUGUAUCCUGCACUUUUCUCUGAGCCUGGAAGGAGAGUUUGAAGUCAGAUUUUUCAUAACAAAUUUAUGAACACCAGUUUUGGAACCCAGCCUCCAAGGUCUGAUUCAGAGCCCCACUGAAAAAGCAGUGGGAAUGAGGAGAUGAGUCCAUGUACUUGGGCGGGCCGUGUGUCCCCGGAAGAGCAGUGGGAACAGUAAGGAUCCAUUACAUCCCACGUAACUGAAGACAGAAUCAAAAUGAUACUGUAGUGGCUGCAAAGUAACCAUGGUCCUUUCUUCCUGAAACAAAAGUUUAAUUUACUCCAGAAAAGUGUGACUAUGUGAUGACUGAUUAAGAGUGGGCCAAGUAUUUAGCCAGCAUCACUAGCUUCAGGGGAAACUGGAAACUUAAGGUGCGGGAAUGGUCCUGUACCUGUGAAGGAAAGUGUAUUUGAUAGAUGGGCUUGCUUUUGUUAGUCUCCUUCCUGAACAGCUUUACUUUUCUCCAUAUUUUUAUGAUUUUAUGCACUGAGCCAGCCUUCUUGUGGUAUCAGGUACCUGCUGCAGAGCCAGACAAAAGAGAAUUUCAGAUUUUGAAGGUCCUGGAAGGCCACAUUUGGCAAAUCACCCUUUACCUUCAAAGCCAUGGAACUGCUCAAGCACAGAUUAGUAGAUCUGCCUAGCCUUUCCACAGGCAGGACUCUGGAAUUUAACUAAUUAACUGUGUGUCUAUAAAUAUACGCAGUAGUGUAGACUGUAACAUUAGGGUGGCAUCAGGUUUAGAGCCUAUGUCCUCCGUACAGGCAACUGCCCACCUUCAGAGGCUGAUCAGAGCAGUCUUCUCUGAAGGUGUGGGAAGGUAUCUCAGUUUCUUAACUCAGCCACUUAUUCAACACAUGAUGACAUGAAGGGGCUACCCCAGAUAUCAGCUGAACAUAAAACUCUGUUAAGUUAUAUUUACCAGAACAAUUUUACCAUAGAGACACUGUUUGUAGUAUAGCUUACAAAUUUCUAGAGAUGCUAGAAGUACUGCAAAGAAACUAUUGUGCUAUGAGGAAACGUGUGUGUGUGGAAGUGUGUGAGCUGAUAACAUAUUGUGUCUGACAGUGUUUUAUUUACCCUUCAGUUUUCUGACAGAAUCUGACAGAGCUAAUAUGAUCAGACACAUUCUCUUUCUUUACACAGAUAGCUCUAGCUGUGUUGUUUCCUACAUCUCAUUAGAUGCACGAGGAUAUUCUGCUACAGGCCUUCAGGGAUGUAUCUCGUGGUGCACAGAAGUUGUAGUACCUUAUUAAGCCUUCAGCCUAAAGAUGCUCCUUAUAGAGUAGAUUUUUUAGGUUAGAACACAGGUGACUAGCCAGAUGUAGCACAGCAACAGGCUGUUCCUGUCCUAUCUUUUUACCUGAGGUUACUUUUUACCUGAAGCAAGCAGAGACAACAUUUAGCAGAUUUUAAGUGUGUGAUUCAUCCUGCCUAACUGUAGGCAUGUGUGCCUCCAAUAAUCCACAGAGAAACAGUCAAGGAGUUUCUCUGUUUUGUCAUAAAUGAGUACUGAAACUGCAAAACAGUUGUAGCCUAAAUUACAUCGUGUGGUGUUGAGCAUCUCUCACCUUUGCUGAUGAAUGUCUCAAUAUGCCAAAUCAUCAUGGCUCUCUGUGAAAAGGAAAAGUCAGCCACAGUGGAAAAGGGGUGUUUGCUGGCUGCUUUGAAGUUUUGGGGGAUUUGAUAGCUAAAUGUAAUUUGAAAACAUUGCCAUAAAUAUAUUUAAUUCUUGAAGCUGGACAAAUAUGCCGAUAGAUUAAUUUCCCCUGAGAUUUGCUUAUAUUCUCCAAAACACCUUGUUACUCCCAGUGGCAGAGCUUCUGAAAGCGACCUUAAACAUCUGAAAGUACAUUAAAAAAGUAAAAAGUCAGGUUCUGUAAAAUCAAAAUAACCUUCAGCUAAGUGUUUGGUCCUCUGAAUGUUCAAAUACUUAAUUCUUUCUGUUUGCAAUAAUAUUUUUGCUUGCAGGUCUUUAAGCUUUUCAUUAGGAAGUACAUGAGUUUUUGCAUCAGUUCUACACAGUCAAUCUGUGCAAAAUUAUGACACACUGUGGGGAAAAACAGGCUCUUGACACCUCCUUUGAUAUCCAGAGGGAUGAAGUAUAUAACAGAAUUUACCCCAGGAACAGGGAUCAGCCCUCUAGCUCUUGUACCAUUAGUUGAAUUUCUCACUUGGAAUAAUUAUUUCAAGAAUGUGAAUGAUGUUUUCAAUGUCAAAGUUAUCCAUGUGUCAUUUAUAGUGUGAACUACUUUGUAAAAGCAUAAAAGUCCUAAAAGGUAGCAUAAAGACUCUUCUACAUAAUUAAUUUUAUGAAAUUCCUAAAAUUGAACAUAUAUACUUUAUUUAAUUACCUUUCCUUCCAACUCAGACUAAUUUUAUUAACAUUUUUUCUUCAGUAUUGGCAAAUAUGAUUCAUUAUCAUAAAUUUUUUAUUAGAUUUUUUUAGUAGAGAUGUAUUUGAUGUACAAUUUUGGUAUUUCUCUGUAAUAUUUCAGACUUUAAAAGAAAUACAAGCUAAUGAACAGUCACACAUGCUCACAAAGCUCAAUAUCACAUAUGAUGAGGACUUAAAAUCUGGUCUUGAUGAUACUAUGUAACUAUAAAGAUAAUUUAAUAAAUAUUCAGUGAAUUAACCUUAUAUGAUAUUAGUAAGAGGAUAUAUGUGUUUAUGGAACAAUCUGUAAAACAAAUAUGUAAUGAUGAUUUAUGUCAAACCAGUGAACUCUGUAGUCUAUCUGUCUGUGUGUCUAUGUUUAAAUGGCUGAAAAAUAGCUGCUUUAAAUGUCAUUCAAGUAUUCAAAGUGUAGUGGCAGCAGGUGCUCAAAAUGAAUAAGCAGAUUUUUUUUUGUGCUCUCUGAAGCAUUGUAUAUGUGGGGUUUACAUCAUGAAGCCUGUAAGUGUAUUUCAUGAUUUCAUGGUAACUGUAAAUGAUCUGAGGGUGUUGUGCAAGGAAACUGAAGUCAUGUAGGCCAAUUGAUAGACAUCAGACAUCUUCUACAAAGCCAUAAGGACAAAUAAAAAAAGUGUCACGAGAUCAGGCAUCACAUUCUCAAAUAAUUGCUACCUCAGAUAUUUUUUUUUCUCCCUUUAAAAGGCAGGCAAAAGCAUUUUGCUUUAUGUGUAAAUUUGUAACUCGUUCUAUCAAGAAUUUAAAAAUCUUAUUUGUAAAUUCAAAUUAUUUUCCUUAACAAACCGCUUGUCAUAGAAUCAUCACUUGUGAUUCAGUGGUAGUAUGAGGAUGGGAUAUUUAAGAUGUGUAGCAAAAUUAGAUGUUUUUAAUGUGGGAAAAAAAAAGCCUAAAGCAAAUUCCAUUUUGUAAGAAAGUCCUCCAUGCCCAGAUUGGCAGUCAAGCAUCAGUCCCAUUCCUGACCUGAAAAGUUUUUUGCCACUACUUACAUUCCCAGGUCACAAGGAUUGAAUGAGCCAAUUUUCCAGAGAUGCUCUCAUUCUGGAUCACAGCUGUGGAACUUAGUAUUUAUCAAUACUUGCUCUUUUGAAUUACCUGUUUUCAACUGAGUUCCUAGGAAGCAAACCUUUCAAUUCUGUCUCUAAAUGAGCAAAAAUGGAAAGCCCUGGUCUCAAUUAUCUCAAACCCUCACGCUAAAAUCAGGCUCCAGUUCCUGUGGGUGUGGAAAGAUGGACUGAAUGACACUAAUUUGAACAACCUUGUGGGCCUGCCUUGAAAACCAUUUUGAAACAAAUCAGGGAUUUUCUUCAUUUUUCUGCUGUAUGUCAAGCAGGAAAAUAUGGAUAAAUGGAUGCCUAAACACAUAAAAAUGGGGAUAUAAAGAGCUUAAGUAUCAUAGAAGCAUAGAAUUGUUCAGGUUGAAAAAGACCUGUAAGGUCAUAGAGUCCAAAGUCCGGCCAGGUCCACCACUAAGUGACAGGACAAGGGACAAGGUUGCUGCAUGUGGCAGAACAGAAAAGGAGCACAGUCACUAUGGGAUGGUACACAGCAGAUGAUGAGAGAACAAGUGCAUUUUGACUACAGCUGAGAAGGAGGAGAAGAACAGAACAUGACAGCAAAAGAAUCAAAUGUAAGAAUAGAUAGUAAAAAAUGAGAACUAGAACAGAGAGGAGUGAUAAAUGAGUUAGUGAGGGGGAAAAAAGGAAGAGAAGAAAAUACUUUUAUAUCAAAAGUGAGAAUAUGCAUAGCUACCUGAUAGAGUCCACAAAAGCAGUAAAGCCUUACAAAAUGCUUAAGAGUUGGCAAAAUGGUGAAAUCACCUACUCUGGAUCAGCUGUUACAUAUGAGCAGAAAAAGUCCUAUACAUGAGAAGUGGUCAUUCACUUUCUACCAGUUAUGGGAUUUUUCUUCCCCAUAUCUGACAUUGGUCCCAGGCAAACACACAAAACUUGAAGAGUCAGGCUCAGCAUCUGACCUGCAGUUGCAUUUCCUACAUUCCUAAGGAAAAAAGGGAGAAAUAAAGUGUACCACACUCUCUUUAUGAACAACCUUCCGUUUUUCAGACAGGUAUACAGGUGAGGUUUAUUUAUCCAUUUACAUUGUCCCACACAUAUGCCUACCAUUCUUAAGCAUUGUUCUGUUUUUAUUUAGUAUAUAUAAUGCAAUGACCUAGAAGCUCCAAGAGAAAAAACACUUUGGGGAUAUUACUAAACAGUCUCUUGGUAUUUCUGGGCAUUGCUUCAGUUUGUACCAUUGACAAUGUAUCUGUUAAUAUUUUCCUUAGUCAGACAGUCCCUAUCUUGGUGAUAAAUGCUGAAAAUUACCAAGUUAGGCUUAAAAUGCAUCUCUUCAAUAUGUUACAUUUUUAAGAGGCACUAUUGUAUCUGUUGGAAGUAGUUAAGAAAAAUACCUGAAUUAGUUGUGUGGUCUCUUACAGUGCUGAAAGCUGAUGUUAUACUCAAGAUGUUGGUGCAUAGAGCAGUUAGAUACAACAAAGUCUUUUUUUAUAUAUUCCUCUUUUUGGAUGGUUUAUUGUCCUUUUCUACUUGGUGAUGCUGCUUGUCUCAGAUCUUGACAUUAUUUAACUAUUUUUUUUAACAAUGCUGCUUUUGGAUCUAUUUUUGUGAGCUGCUGAGUACCUUCACCUCAUUUUGGCAUCAAUAAAAACUGAAAGAUUUCAUUUCAGUUCCUGCAAUGGUUAGUUUUAGAGACUUAUAGCACUGAGUAAAUUUUUAGAGGAUGCUGGAAAUCAUUGUACAAGUCACUUGUAGAAAAUAUCCCUUUGGUAGGAUGGAAAACUAUACAUGUUUAGAAAAAGGCAGAUUUUUAUACAGGCAGAACUAUAAUGAUGUCAUAUCAUAUUUUUUAAUAUUCGUAAUGCUGUAGACUACUCUUAAUUCUCAUCCCUUUGCCUUUCAUUCCUAAAGGGAGAGGAAACUACUGCUCAGCUAAACUCAGAAAGACCUCCUGGGCUGCUUUAUUUUUAUUUUUCAUUUUGGAAAGUAAUUUUUUAUUCUGACUACAAAAAUGGUUCGUCACCUGAUAUAAUACAACCAUCAGUCUUAUAUAUGAGUUAUAUUGCUCAGAGAUACUCAGCAUUAUCUCAGCUUCUGAAAACUUUUUGUUGUGCUUUGUGUAUGUUUUAGUCAUUGUGUAAGAUAUAGCAAUACAGAGGGCACUGUUACGAAAAAGUAGGUCCAGAAAAAAACAUGUUAGCAGCCAUUAACUAAUUGUUCAAAAUUUUGAUGUGCUUUUAAGUGAGGGUAGAAGUCUCUGGAACUCCCUUGCCUUUAAUUGUGUCAGCAGUCUCUCAAAUAAACAAAAAUUGCAUCUUCUGAAUAAUAUCCAGAAUAAACAGUGUAUUUUCCGCAGAGAAAGAGAUGACCAAAUAUUUAGAGCAAACUUAUUUCCAUUUGCACAAACCAUUUCAUUGGUAGAUUUGCAAUACUAGCUAGGCAUUUUUUCCACUACAAUUUCAGAAUUUGUAUGCAAUGUGGAACAUGAGAAUUAUCGCAGUGUCAUUACUGUAGCAACAGAAUGACUUUAAGCACAAUUAUGCUAUGAACGAGAUCCAAAUUUUUUUGUAAAUUUCUAAAAUACAAGAAGUUUUAAGAAUUAUAUUUCAUAUGUAGUAUGUACAUUGUUUGGAGAAUACUGGUAUAAAAGUAGUUGCUCAGGAAUUCUUCAUUGUUUCUAAGUAUAUCUAAAGGAAAGUGCUUUCAAAUACAUUUUUUAAGUUCUUAAUAUUGAAAAUGCUGGCUUUACUAAAAUAUUAGUGUUUUCACUCGUAAGAUCAAUAUUAUUAUGAAGUCUGUAGCUUUCUGAUGAAUUUUUCCCUCUUUUGUCAUUGUAAAAUCUCUUUGCAGUGGUGUUCGCAUUUCAGUUUAAUAAAAGUUCGUGAAUAAAAAUCCCAAA